CAUAAUCGAAGUUGAGUGACAUUGAAGAAGCUCCAUAUAUUCUAAAGUCAAAAAGUACAAGGAAAAAUGGAAAAACUUGAGAGAUUAACAAAUUAAUUAUCAAACAUAAACUUAUUUUUCUAUCAUGUUUGAAAAUGGACAAAAGCUAAAUACGCAGAUCUAACGGCUAUAUAUGAGCCUACUAUGCAAUUAAUUAAUCAUCAUAGCCAUUUCUAAAAUGCUUUUUCCUUUUCUUUUUUUUUUCUCAUUUGCUUUGCGGGUUGUUUCUUUUCUUCUUAGUUUGUAAUUUGUAUAAAGAGUGAUGAAGGGACUUCAGUAACUUCUGUGCUUCUGAGGAACAUCAAGGCUCGUAAUUUCACUUUCCAAAAUCCAAGAAAAAGAUAAUUAACGGGUGCAGAUUGUCGCUGGAAAUAACAGAAUGGAACGGCACGCCCAAUCAGUCGAAGCAAGGGCAGUAGAUAUGCGACCAAGCAACUCUGAGGUUCCACAGGAACAAGUGCCUGGUCAAUUGGAGGGGAAAAGCACUGAUUACAAGCAAGAAAAAAGAAAGUCCCUGCGAGCUCGUUUUAUAUAUGGCAUAAUCUUCUUGAUCAUAAAUCUUAAAGCUUGGUUCUUUCGUGACUAUGGACAGAAGGUUCUAGCUCAGUUCAGUUAUAUAAAAGCUUGUGGACCUGAGGGACAAGAUUGCUGUCAUACAUUGGGAGUUCUUCGUGUGAGUUUAGGAUGCUUUAUAUUUUUCUGUGUUAUGCUAGUCACCACAAUAAAAACAAGAAAAUUAUAUGAGGCUCGCAGCACUUGGCAUUCAGGAUGGUGGUCAUUGAAGUUUUUCCUAUUGAUUGUAUCAAUGGCAGUUUCUUUUUUCUUCCCAUCAAAGUAUAUUCAAAUAUAUGGCGAAGUUGCUCGUAUUGGUGCAGGUAUUUUUCUUGUUCUCCAACUUGUAAGUGUCAUCGAGUUCAUCACAUGGUGGAAUAACUACUGGAUGCCUGAUAAGGAAAUGAAGGAAAGUUGCUCCCUUGGAUUGUUCACUUCAAAAAUCUUUUACGUUGCUUCUGUAUGUGGAAUUGGGUUGAUGUACUUUUUCUAUGGACGAAGCCUCAAAUGUUCUCUCAACAUAUACUUCAUUACGUGGACUGCAAUUUUGCUUACAGUGAUGAUGGCUAUAUCUUUACAUUCAAAGGUCAAUAGAGGUCUUUUAUCUUCUGGGAUUAUGGCUUCGUACCUUGUCUUUCUCUGUUGGUCUGCUAUAAGAAGUGAACCAGUGAAUGACCAAUGCAACAAACAAAACCAAGCAGAUGGAAAUAGUGAUUGGACAACUAUACUAAGCUUCCUAAUUGCAAUAUGUGCCAUUGUCAUGGCAACCUUUUCCACUGGAAUUGAUUCACAAUCAUUUCAGUUCCGCAAAGAUAAAGUUCAACAGGAGGAUGAUAUCCCUUAUGACUAUGGUUUUUUCCAUCUGGUAUUUGCAUUGGGUGCUAUGUACUUUGCCAUGUUAUUCAUCAGUUGGAACCUCAACAACUCAGCAAGAAAGUGGAGUAUUGAUGUUGGCUGGACAAGUACAUGGGUGAAAAUUGUGAAUGAGUGGUUUGCAGCCACAAUAUAUUUAUGGAAAUUGAUUUCCCCAGUUGUGAGAGAGCCUAAGGUCAUGGAUCUAGAGGGAUCCAAUGCAGCAGAAGGAUGAAAAUACACUGAACAGAGAAGAAGAAAAUUUUCACCAGCAAAUCACCAUCAUCAUGGAGAAAAAUCAGUCACAUUUGCAGCACAUGGAAGAUAAAUAUCAUUCAAAAAGAUAUAUGCCAAGUACAAUAAGAAUAUAAUGUUUUAAGAUGGAUAACUCUAUCAAGCUUUCAGCUUCAAUUAUUUUUCUUUCUUGUUCAAGGCAAAGGAUAUGUCGUUGCAUGAUUUUUGAUGCAGUUGCACCUGCCACACUAGAGAAUAAAAAUCACUCAUCUAUUAAUCCAAUUAGUAUUCCUAUUUGACUCAA